UAUUGGAUCGUUUGUGUUUAAGUCUGACUCGGACUUCGCUUCUAUCACCAAGUGUUUCUUCUGUUUUUGGCCAUCCAGAAAUAUGAGAGGCUUAAGGCAUCACCACCAGGUGAUAAUCGAGUAUUGACCCCCGGUGGACGCGGAGAAAAACGCAGCCAUGAGCCGCAUGCUCACCGAGCCUAUGGGAGGCACCAGCUUCCGCGAAGAUGCGCCUCGUCCACCUGUUCCAGGAGAAGAAGGCGAGGAGGAGGUCUCACGGCGGGAAAACUUCAAACUUAAACUGGUGAAAACGACAACACCUCGGGCGGCCAGGAGGAACGAGGAUGGACUGGGUGAGCCAGAGGGACAGGCAACACCAGACUCUCCUCUCGCACGAUGGACCAAAUCCCUGCGCUCUCUGCUUGCCGACAGGGACGGUGCUCACCUGUUCCGGACUUUCCUGGAGCGUGAACGCUGCGAGGACGCCCUAGACUUCUGGUUCGCGUGCAAUGGAUUUCGUCAGAUGGACUUGCAGGACGCCAAGACCCGGCGUGUUGCCCGAGCCAUUUACAAGCGCUACGUGGAGGCACGCAGCGUGGUGGCCGAGCACCUGCGCGCACCCACGAGAGCGUGCAUCCGCGACAGCAUCAAGAAGCAGCGGAUAGAACUGCGCAUGUUUGACCAGGCUCAGACCGAGAUCGAGGCCGGACUGGAGGAAAGCACGUACCGUGCGUUCCUUACCUCGGACAUCUACCUGGAAUAUGCGCGCUCUGGUGGUGAGAAUGCGCCGCCGUGUGCGGGACAUGGUCACGCCCACAGUGGCCUGGCUAGCUUAGAACUCGUGUGUGGCUACCUGCCACCACUGAUCGAGGAUAAGGAGUGGAGCUGUGGUGAACUGAAAGCCAAAGCGCUGGCGGCUGUUGUUGGACUCUCUGCGGAAACGUUACGCGCCACCGUCACGCUACGUACCGCCAACUGCAGAGCUCAAAGACGAGGCAACCCAGCCAGUCCGUAUUUCGUGAACUCGGGUCACGUUGUGGCUCCAGCCAGCAGUGCCAAUGACAGCGAGGUGUCCAGCGAUGCCACCACCGAUGACUCCAUGUCUAUGACUGACAGCAGUGUGGAUGGGAUCCCGCCGUACAAGAUGGGCACGAAGAAGCAGCUACAACGUGAGAUGCACCGGAGUGUAAAGAUCAACGGACAAGUCUCGCUCCCUCACUUUCCCAGGACGCAGCGAUUGCCAAGGGAGAUGGCGCCGGUGAAGCCGUCUGAGUUUGCGGCGGAGCUGAUCACCCGUCUGGAGAAGCUGAAGAGGGAGCAGGACACACUCAGCUCUCUGGAGGAAAGACUACAGCAGAUACAGGAGGAAGAAGAGAGAGAUGAGAGUGACUUAACGAGUCUCGCCCCCCAGCAGCCUUCUCAAUCGCUCACCCUCCUCUCAUCCGGUCUGUGUGAAGACGACCCUCAGGCCAUCCUGGACGAGCACCUUUCCAGGGUCCUAAAGACACCCGGGUGCCAGUCCCCUGGUGUACAGGGCUACUCGCCCCGUUCUCGUUCCCCAGACCAUCACCAUCAGAGAGGCACGCACUGCUCCAUCCCUGCCAAAGCUGCCCCGUCGGCUCCUCUACCCUCCACCAAGCACAUCCAUCACCACUACAUUCACCACCAUCACACGGCUUCACCCAAGAGCAGGGAGCAGAUGGAGGCCGAGGCUGCGCAUCGAGUGGCGCAGUGUCUGGGGUCGGAUUAUCGUUUCCAGAGGUGCCACAGCCCAGCCGAUGCCCAACCUGGGCGUACCAGUACAUUGCCCAAGCGUCCUAGUAAAGUCAGCGAUGGAAUGAGUGCCUGCCAGUCCAGGGAGGAGGAAAGCAUCUCACCUCUGCUUCCUGGAGAUGGUGUGGUUCGAUCGCACAAUGUCUGGCAGUGGAUACUGGAGAGCGAGAGGCAGAACAAGCACAAACCUCACAGUUCCCAAACCUUGAAGAAGACACAUCCAAGUGACCCCUCCUCUAAGAUGCCAUUAUGGGGUGGUGGAGGGCUGCCUGGUAAUGCCAGAACGCAUCAUCCUGCUCAUCCAUUUAUCCAGGACCCCACUAUGCCUCCUCUGUCCCCACCAAACACCCUCACUCAGCUUGAAGAGGCAUGUCGAAGACUGGAGGAAGCAUCCAAACCCGCAAAACAAAGACACCUAGUGUCCAGCCUACAGAGGGAGAAAGUACACCUGACUGUUUUACCCACUAGCAGCUCCCCUCUCAUCAGCCCAGUCCUGCAGAUGGAUGAGUGGAAGGAUCAGCGGCGGCAGAGUUCUGGACACUCCUGCGCCCCCUCUGGUUCAGAGCUGGUGGUCACCUACUUCUUCUGUGGGGAAGAGAUUCCUUACCGCCGGCUCAUGAAGACGCACAGUCUUACUCUUGGCCAUUUUAAGGAGCAGCUUAGGAAGAAAGGGAACUACAGGUACUACUUUAAAAAGGCCAGCGAUGAGUUUGAAUGUGGUGCAGUGUUCGAGGAGAUCUGGGAGGAUGACACUGUGCUCCCCAUGUAUGAAGGGAAGAUUCUGGGAAAAGUGGAGCGUAUGGACUAAGAGCAUUCCCAGUUUUUAGCCACCGGGAUACCAUGAACUACAGACUUCUAAUAACCAGGCGAGCUGCCACUGGGAACUCUUUAAAAAAUACGUCUGGACAUCCAGACAGACUUUUUCCGGCAUGACAGCGUGCCUUUUUUUUUAAAGCUACCUAGAGUUAAUAUAUUUGAAGACCACCCAGGUUGUGAAGAAGCUAUUGAAGGAACCACUAUAACCAACGAAGAAAUCUGAGAGGAGCAGAAGACUAACCACUCAGCCUUAGAAAACCUGCACAACUGGCUCUAAAAUUUUGGGUCGUUUUAGAGUCGUGUUCUGGAAACCGAAACCACUGAAGGUGCAGAUGAGCGGAUAUUACUUAUUGAACUGCAGUCAGUGUUGGAAUGUCUAUACGUGUGUAUAUACAAUGCAGGCAGAUGUGCAUAUAUACAUGUAUUUUUUACAGAUGUUUUAUUAUUUUAUUAAGUAUUUAUUGAACUGUAGUAUUUUCCCGACCCUGACGUCUACAGAAUGGACGAGCUGCUUAAAACUAUUGGUUCAUUUUCUAUUUUAUUAGCAGUGACACACAGAAACACUCCCUCCUGCAUACAGAUGAUGUUUACACUAUAGAUAAAUAGGAUUGGAGAUGUUCACAUGGAUUUCUGCUCUUAAUUUGCUUUUCUGAAAGCAACCUGCACAGUAACAACUUAAAACUUAAAGAGUUUUGUUUUUCAUUACCAGUAAAAUUGCAUUCCAAUGGGAGGGCUUUUACCAAGUUGGGCAACAUUUUGGGAAGCAUUUGCACACUCCAGAUACUUGUACCUUGUUCUAGGCAAAUCCCACAGUUAUGUUUACCAGACCUUUACUAGACUUUAUGAGAGGGUGGCAGACCAGACUGUUGAGGAAGCACAUGUCUGCCCCAUACACGUCUACCUGACUAAAUGCUGCUAGGUAAAUUACUGACCUGAAGGCCGUUAUAGGAUAAUUGAACAUAUUCAGUAAGCUCUUCAUGUUGUGCAGCUUACAAGCAGGGCAGAAUAUUAGCACACCACAGUUACACAGCUGCAGGUUAAGGACACCGCUCAGGGGCCCACCAUUGCCCCCCUGGCAUUGGGACUAGAACAUUUCAGAUCAUGAACAACUACUGCGAACAUCAUUAUGUUCCUACCAGUUGUCAUAUCCUCUCAUAGGUCUAUGUAUUGGAAUGAUCCAUUGUGAACUGUAGGGGGGAGCACAACAAAAUUUCAGUACCAGUGCAGCACCUGUGCCUACAUGGACCGUACCAUGUGCUACCCUGUUUCAGGGUUUAUUAUUCCCUUGGUUUUCAAAAGGGCUUUAUGUUUCGAAACACUUUUAAUAGGUAAUAUCAUUUACUACUUUUGUUUUGCAUUGUUUAUUUUAUUUUAAUGAAUGUAAAUUAUACAUUAUACAGAGUUUUCAGUUAAAGAUUUUACUUUGAUCUAUAAUUAUUGUAAUUAA